UUUUGGUCUGUCUCCCAUCUUCAAUCUUUGGGUUUUUGGGGAGAAGAAAUCUUAAUUUCCAUGGCGAAACCCAAAGCUCCGAGACAAACCCUCAACUCCUACACAGUCAAACCCAUCAACAAGACCGUCCGAGUCGGCGACUGUGUUCUGAUGCGGCCGUCGGAGCCGGGGAAGCAGUCCUACGUGGCGAAGAUCGAGCGGAUCGAGGCCGACAGCCGCGGGGCCAACGUGAAGGUGCACGUGCGGUGGUACUACCGGCCGGAGGAGUCGAUUGGAGGCCGGCGGCAGUUUCAUGGAUCUAAAGAAGUGUUUCUCUCUGACCACCACGAUGUUCAGAGCGCCGAUACUAUAGAGGGCAAGUGUACCGUGCAUACGUUUAGGAGUUAUAGCAAGCUGGACGCCGUGGGAAACGACGACUUCUUCUGUCGUUUUGAGUACAAUUCCACUACUGGCUCUUUCAAUCCUGACAGAGUUGCAGUGUACUGCAAGUGUGAGAUGCCUUAUAACCCUGAUGACCUCAUGGUUCAAUGUGAAGGUUGUAGUGAUUGGUUUCAUCCUAUUUGUAUAGACAUGAGUGCAGAGGAAGCUGAAACAGUCGACCACUUUUUUUGUGAAAGUUGUUUACCCGAGGGUCGAAAAGUGAUGGAGAAUUCGCAUACUGUUUCCAGACAGUUGGAUACAAAGGUGGGGACAAAACGUCGUCGGAAGUAGCAUUGUGAAUAAAUGUCAGAUGAGUUAGUUACAAUGUAGGAAUCGGAGGUUGUCUCGGGCUUGUGCAACACAAAAGGCAUAACUGCAUCAUUAGUGGUGUAUGUAUUUGUGGGUCAGUGAGAAGACAGAAAACCAAUUGAAAAGAAAAACCUUAAUGCUUUG